CGGUGUUGCCGAAACAGAAGCAAUAGAAGGAGCAAACAGUCGAGCAGCCAGAGAGUAGCUACCAUGACUAUCAGUUGUCUGAAUAAAAUAUGCAUGUAGCUACUUUUCAGUAACACUCAUCUUUAUUGCUGCAAUCUUUCAACUUCUGUACUGAGAUUAAAGUGUAAUGGUCUAAUGGAGCUGAACAGAGAUGAGGUCCCUGUUUAUGGUCAGGUGGAAGUGUAUGCAGUGCUGCAGGAUACACAGUCUAUUCAGGAAAAGGCUGAGUACUAUGUGUUAUUAAAAGGCUCGCAUAUCCACCAUGUCACCAAAGCUCAGAGGAAGGAGAAGUGCCAUUUACUGAGCUUCAUCAUACCUGGUCACAAUGUUGCAGAAAAGGUCUCGGUGCGGUUGUACUCCUGGGAAGAUGGCAACAGAUGCAGUCAACCAGCCCCGAUGUCAGAGGAACUCUCAUUGGAGUACAAAUGGGACACUGUACAGGAAGUGGCUGAUCUGCUCAUAUCUGACCCUGAUAACCUUACUUCCAGCAUGCAUGUGGACAUCCAGAGGAAAUUUUGUCUAGUAGAGAGUAUCCAGCCAGGGCAGAACAGUUUAGAUGUGAAUGAACAGCAUGGGACCUCGAGACUAGAUGAAAAUUUAGGACUUGACCAAAGACUUAAGCUAAAAACUGAAUCAGGGAAACACAAUCCAGAAGAAAAUCCUGGAUGUUGGGAGCCUGAUCCUGGUGGAUGCAAACUGGAGCCAUGUAGUGCAAUUGAUGUGAAAAUCACACAGGCAGUUUCAAACAUGUACUCUCUUCUGGAGUGGAACAACCAAAAGACACAGGAAUCACAAGCUCCCCGCCAAAUGGAGACACCUUUGCACAUAGCUGUGCGUUUGGGUCUGUAUCACCUCACCCUCUUCUAUCUUCAACAGUCUGGGGGUCAGGAGAUGGCAACACUGCCCAAUGAGGAAGGACACACUCCUACUGAACUGGCCCAAAGUAGAGGCCAUGCAGCAACCAUAAGUGCAUUAGCUAACCUUUCAGCUUGUAGCGAGGAGAGCCCAGUGUGGAUGUCACAAAUCUGGGCUGAUGAAUCACACCUUCUCAGAUUGUGCCCGCUAACCACUUCCUUCAUCCUGACAGUCAAAAACAGAAUUAAUUUUGAUCCACAGAGGAGCAUCCAACUCUAUAGGGAAAAACACAGAUAUCUAGAAAGCCACAUGCAGGAGGUUGUACUCACUGAGGUGGAAGGGAAAAGCAGACAGAACCAGACAGAUGACACAAGUGAAGGAGAUCUCACAAGCUGGACAAACAUAGAGGAUUGUGUUCUGCUGGAGAGUGUUUUUGAAGAACAGCUUGUCCUUUCUCUGGAUGAAGACGAAGAGAAUCCCACCACAUAUAAUUCAGAGAAAUCGUGCUCCCCUCCAGGUUUCAGCUCUCCAUUCCAGCUUCAGUCUACAGACAUCACUGCUGCCAGACUCACAGCCAUGCUCAACCGCACUGGCAAGAAUGAUGACCAUAGGAAAUACAUUGCCACAGUACCAAAUAACAGCUCUGCCACUGACCCGCAACCUGCUGUCAAGGUCGAAGGGACGAGAGAGCAACGCCCGUUCUCUCAUCCUUUCUUGCCAUCUUUCACUCAGUUCUCCCCCACAUCUUCAGCAGGACUGGUCUUGGACCGGUUUCUUCGCGGCAGCAGCCACAGUGAACACAACAAUCACAGUGCAAGUUCACCUCCAGAAUCAUAUGAAAUUAGCCCAAGUCUCGUGGCCUUGGAAAUGGACAGCGAAGAGGAGGAUGAUGACUUACUUAUGAAGAAGCCCCUCCCCCAGAUAUCAUCUGAAAAUAAGGACAACGGAGAUAAACAGGACCGCUUUAAUCCAUCCUCGGGCCUCAGCUGCACUCGCUGUCACUCUGCUUCCUCUGACUGUAACCAUGCCUCCCAAAAGGACUCUGCAGAUCAGGGAGUGCGUCUCCGUUCAUAUUCUUAUUCGUCACCCAAAAUCAGCCUGCUGUCCCCCCGCUCCAGCCGAGACACCCCUCGUCCUCCUGCUGACCUCAGCCACGAUGGCGUCUUCACCAACAACAGCAAUGGCAGCAGAUCUCUCCUACAGGCUCUGUCUCUGUCUAAAUCUCUGUCUCUGCUCAAUCCUGUUAAACAGCGAGCACUGAGCUUAACUGAGCAACCGCAAGAGAAAAGGGAGUUAAGGUUCCGUAGACGCACUCAGUCAGCUGAUGACGAGUCCAGCGUCGAGCUGGCCGAUUCGCUCCAACACCUCACGCUCUCCGAAUUCCUCAAAGAAAUUGAAGAAGAGGGAUGGGAUAAAUACAUUAUUCCUUCCAAGACUGAGCCUGAGAAAUACAAAGUCAGCCGCACCUUCAGUUUCAUUAAAAGCCGAAUGUACAGUACACGCAGCAAGAAGGGAAAAGCGAAGGAGAAGGAAGUGAAAGAAAAACAGGGCAGCGGACACCAAUUUGCAGCAGGUCCUGUUCUGGGGACUUCGGUUUGUGAGGUGUGUGACAAACCUGUUUCAGGGAAGGAAACUCUGCACUGCACCAAUUGUGCUGUGUGCAUCCAUAAGGGUUGUAAAGAUUCUGCUGCACAGUGCCUCAAGAAAGUGCAGGACAAAUACGCAGUUUCUAGGAUGAAGGCCAGAGCAGCCACCCUUCCUCAAAAUUUUGUAUUGCGCGAAAGCAUCCCGUCCUCUCAGAUAUCUACUUCAGCCUCCCUCCCUGUGGUGACUCAACGGGACAGGAGAGACACUACCCCUCUGCCAUGCCCAAUAUCAAGGAGUGUCCCCCUAGUCCCAGAGUGGCUUGCAGAGAGCCCAGAGGGAGACACUGAGUUCUCCUCCUGGAGAUCUCAUGGACAGUCAGAGGAGCUCCUGCAGACCAUGGAAUCUUCCACUUCCACUGACUCCUCGCUCGUUGAAGAAACAGUGGACGCUCCUCUACAGAACAGUUUUGGGACGGACACUCUGUAUUUGGAGGCAGAGUCUUGGAGUCUAGCGGUGGAGACUCAGUUCUGCCAAAAUCAGGAAAAACGCACAAUCAAGAGACAGGAUGUCAUCUAUGAGCUAAUGCAGACGGAGCUACACCAUCUGCAAACGCUGACCAUCAUGGCGGAGGUGUUUAGGCGAGGCAUGCGGGAGGAGGUGGGCUUGGAUGCGGAGGCUAUUGGUCGGAUUUUCCCGUGCUUGGACGAGCUCCUCGUCCUGCACCGAGACUUUCUUUCUGCCAUGACGGAGCGCCGGAAUAACUCCACGCAGCCUGACAAUGAGAAAAACUACCUCAUUCACCAUGUGGGUGAUAUCCUCCUGCAACAGUUCUCUCAGGAGAAUGCUGAGAAUAUGAAGAGGGUCUAUGGGGAGUUCUGCAGCCGUCACAUUGAAGCAGUCAGCUUCUUCAAGGAGCUUCAGCAGCAGAACAAAAGAUUUCAACUCUUUAUUAAACAACAGAGCAGCAACUUACUGGUAAAGAGGCGAGAGAUCCCAGAAUGCAUUUUGUUAGUGACUCAACGAAUUACAAAGUAUCCAGUGCUUUUAGAGAGGAUACUGCAGUACACAGAAGAGGGCACGCAGGAGCAUUCAGAUAUCUCUGGCGCGCUAUCUCUGGUGCGAGAGUUGAUUUCAGCAGUGGAUUUGCGAGUGAGUGAGCGGGAGCAGAGUCAAUGGCUGAGCGAUGUGCUUGGCCGCAUGGAAAGCAAGAGCUUAGCCAGACUGAAGAGUGGUGCUGCCUUUCGUAAGCACGACAUGACCAAUGGCCGAACACUGCUUCAUCAUGGCCCGUUGCUUUGGAAGACUGCCACCGGCAGACUCAAAGAUGUGCUGGCCCUCCUGCUGACUGAUCUGCUGAUAUUCCUCCAGGAGAAGGACCAGAAAUAUAUCUUUGCUACUGUUGACCAGAAAUGUCCAGUGAUCUCCCUGCAAAAGUUGAUCGUGAGGGAGGUGGCUAAUGAGGAGAGGGGUAUGUUUCUAAUCAGUGCCUCGUCCAGUGGUCCCGAGAUGUACGAGGUGCACGCAGCGACCAAAGACGAGCGAAAAGCCUGGAUGAGGCUUAUCCGAGAAGCAGUGGAGAUUUGCCAUGAGAAGGAGGAGGUCACUGCAAGUGAGUCGGAAGAAGAGAGGAGUGCAGCAGAGGCCAAGAACCAGAGAAUUCAGAAGCUCCAGGAGUCUCUCUGUAGUCAUGAUCAGCUGAUCUGCUCCAGCCUGGAGGAGAAGCUUCACAUCUACGCUGAGCUCGCUGCCAUGGUGGGCCACAGAGACAUCAGCCCAGAACCAAAGCUGUUGGUAUGCCCCAACACAGAAGAGCUCCCUAAUGCUGCUGUUCUUCUCAAUGCUGCACUUAAAGAGGCGGAGAAUCUAAAAGAAGCACUGUCAUUUCACUGCAACUCCACCUCCCGUCCAGGUCCUCUGCCUGUGUCUGAGGAACAGAAGACUUCUGACACCACCACUCAGCUUGAGGCAACUCUUCCUGCUCCAUCUCCUCCUCCAGUGCCUGCUGAAGAAGAACCUCAAGCAGCGGAUGCUGUGAGGAGCGAGGAAGAGGAGUUGAGAGAAGACAGCCUUGAACUCCAGCUUCGGAAUCAGAGCAGCACAACUGACAAUCAUAAUAUGUACCUUAAGGUGUGUCAGAGCAUCCAGAGUUUGACUCAGCUGCUUUACAGUCUGCAGGCUGUAGUCACCAUCCAGGACAGCCGCUAUGAAGUGCGCCGUCUCCUUCUCCUCCUCCUCUCAAGUUCUGCCCACCAACGGAUCUCCCAGGGUUCCCUGCAGGAGCAGGAGCGUCAGCGGGAGGCAGAGCGUCGGCGACAGGAUCUGGCACGGGCAGCCCGGGAACGGCAGCGGUGGGCACGCGAGUGCCAGGCACAGCAUCUGCGUUACGAAGAGCGGGAAAGCGAGCUCGCACAGCGGGAGCAACGGUGUCAUGAGGAGGUCCAGAGAUUGCAGCGCCAACGCGAGGAGCUGGAAGAGCAGCAGCAGGAGUACCAGCAGAGCCUGGAGAGGCUGAGAGAGGGACAGCGGAGUGUGGAGAGAGAGAGGGAGAGGCUGGAAAUGCAGCAGAGGAUGAUGGGAAAAUGGAGGCAUGAACGCCAACACAACCUACCUGUUACGAGCAUCAAGCUGGAAGCUCACCAAGGGUCAGGGGAUGAAACAAAAAACUUCCAUCACGGUCAUCAUAGUGGCUUGGAUGAAGAUGGGUCCAUUUUUGUAAAUGAAGCAGCUUUUCUGGCUACAUCCAUGAAUAAUCGGCGUCUUCAUCACUACCAGCAUCAAUAUCAGCACAACACUCACCUACAUCCAGGCUACGUGAAUUCCCCCAGUGCCCAGAACAGUCUGAAUUCUCUGCUGGCUUUGUCCAAUCAUACACACCCCACAAUCAGCACCCAAGAUGAGCUAUGGACUGAAGAUGUUGGUCCAGCAAUCCAUUCUACCAGGACAGCAGGGGCGGUGGGUCCAGGGAUUUAUCAAGGUGAUGCCCUCUUGGUGCCGCAGGCUUUUGUUUCCAUGGAAACAGAGAACCAAGAUCCCGAUGGAGAGGAGAAAAUCGUCUAUCUCUAAGUUCAAGUCUCUUUCCUUCCAGAGCUCACACAGAUGUAAACUCAAACAGAAUUGAAACCCUUGAAGAGCAGCUGCGAAGCUACUUCAUCUUGAUUGGGAAAUUGCACUGAUGCCGUAGACACACAUAAUCAAUAGAGGGUGAAAGUUUUACGUUCAAAUGAUUUUGAUGCAUAUUUUAUCGCCGUCUUUCAGAUAACAUUGUUUUUAAAUUUGCACUUUUACCCUACUCGUAUGGGAGUAUUCUCACUUCUGAGAUCCAGAUCAGUGCAGUUGGGACUCUGAUGUAUAAUCAUUAGAAAAUGGUAACACUGUUUCACACUUGCUUUGUUUUUCUGUUAUAAACAAGGUUUAACAAAACCCCAUUCACAAUUUAAUAAUGUUUAGCCACAUAGGAAUCACCAAAUCAUGUAUCACCAAAAUCUUCUCAAAUUGCCAUUUUCAUUCCUUACCAGUUUUCAGAUGGACCGUUUGAAGAAUCUCUUUAUCUGUUCACUGUCCCAUGACCCAUGGGCAGCUCCGGACUCCAGUCCUACCAGCCCUGUAGAGGAACAAUAUGGAGUCGAUAUACAUACAUUCAUAGACUUUAUUUCACUCAAAACAUUGUCCAUUUAUCUCGAGAGUAGGUGAAUUCAACACAUCUUUCAAGCGGGAAAAAUUGAGACAAUCGAUUAUAAACAUUAAGGGGGGGAGGGGGGGGGGCUUCCAGGGUGUCAGUUAAUUGUAUUGGAGAGUUCAGAACUGUCAAAUCAUUCCAGACUCACAAGUUCUUUGGUUCAUCUACUGUUUUUUGUAGGUUAAUGCUCCUUUUGCACAUUUUUGAGUUCUAACUUAUAGCAGCAUACUCUUAUGGAAAAAGCAUUAAGGUCGGCAGACUGUCAUUCCUCAUCCCUUUCUGUUCUUUCCCUGUGCUUAGCGUAAGACAUUUACUAAAUAAUUUGCGUCAUAAUGAAUGACUGAAUAACUAUCCGGCAUUUUAAAAGGUUAUAUCCUUGUAAUUCCCAGAUAAUCUUGUGGCAAUUUUUGAGGUGUGUGUUUGUGUGUCUGUGUGUUUUAAAGGUCUUCCCUAGGGUCAGCAUUGUUUCUUACCGCCUGAAGCCCACUGAGACAGAAUUAGGUUACUCAAUUUCAACUUGCUUCUCUCACACACACUACAUUCUGUACUAGCUGAGACUUACUUAAUAGUUAUUUAUUUCAAAUAGAAACUUCAUUAACAUAAUCUUUUUUUCAGUGGAUACGAAAUGAUUUGUCCUGCUUUAUUAAAGCACUCUAGUCCUGUUUCUCAGAAACCAAUGCCACACCUCUAAAUGAGAGAGAACGAUUAUUUAUAUGAAUAUUCUGAUUGGAUGUAUUUAUAUUUAAUUUAGUCAUGCUUCAUGAUAGUUACCAGAUUUUAUAGUGUAAUUUCAACUUCAGCAUCCAUAUCCCUAUAUCAUAUGUGCUGUAUUCCUCUAGUAAAUCCUGUAACAAAACAUUUAGAUCCAGGUUUGGUGGAGAAAAUCUUUGGGUAAUCCUCUUAGUACAAGUAGUGCAAGUGGAAAAUGCAGCUUUAUGGGUAAUUGGGAAUAACAAAUUCAAUCUUAAUUCAUAACAUGUUGGUAUUAAAAUAGCUUUUAGCAACUGCAGUACUAUGCUAUGUGGUUGCAUGACAAGUCAUAGCACUCCAUAGUUUAGUUUUUCCCUACAGGUCAAUUUGCCUAAAUCCUUCAAACAUUGAUUUCUUAGAAUACCCAUGCACCAUGGUGUUUUUUUUUGUUUUGUGUUUUGUUUUGGUUUGGUUUGGUUUUAAAUACAAAUGCACUGGAAACAGCACCUUGUUUUUUAUGUUUGUAAAAAAGAAAAAUCUUCAACCCUUUGUGAACUGACUAUUUGGACCACACAAACUCCCAAACUGCAGUGCUCUUUACUCCAUAAGAAAUACUCACUUAGAGUUUAUGGGCUUUCUGCAUGUCACUGGCCAUCAAACUUUAACUUUCAACAAUUUUACAAACUCAAGUAAAUUCAUCAUUAUGAAAAUUCAAAGUAAAGAAACAAAUUCUUUGAAUAUUGAAUAUUUGAGCUUUCGUCAAUGACCGAUUGUAUCAUGAAAGUCCUUGGAGUUUUACUGAAUUUCAGUAAAAUUUGUAAUAACAGAUCCUGUAAUUUGUCCGUACAUAUCCCAAUUCCUUUUUUUAAUUCCAUUAUUUUUUUCCCACUUUAUUUGUAACUUUUAUUUAUUGUUAUUUUAUGCAUACUGUGUAGUAUGAACUCAAUAUGGUGUACAUAUGGACUGUUUUAUACAAUUGUAUGUACAAAUUACUCUUUGUAAUUUAUCACACCUUAUCAUAUUCAUUAUCAUAAUCUGUUUUAGGAAUAAUGACGUCUCAAAAAUCUUUGAAUAAAGAUGACUAUUGCUGA